GGGGGGGGGGGGGGGUGAAAGGUCACAGGAUCCGCAGAGUCUGCUCAUGGCGUCCGGGAUCAUCAGGAGCGUCAGGUUCUUUACAAAGUUUGGGAUAAUUGGAGGCACUGUGUACAUCAUUUAUGACCAGGACCUAUUUGGAAAUGGGGAGCACAGUUUGGAAGUAUUGAAAACUGUUUCAGCUGCGGUCCCAACUGCAAUGGAUCACUGGGCCAAGUAUUUUGGCGUGGAGUUACCAGAGGUUCCCAAGCUGAAUGUUCCCGUUAACGAAUACUGGAAUUCAGGUGUUGAAGCUACCGCAUGCUUCUUGUCCGCUGCGCCUACAAAAUGUAACGAAUACACUCAGAAAGGCUGGCAGUACAUCAAGAACUUAACCAAUAAAACCGAGUAAACCGCUCCUUCAUUAUAAUAGUUUUUGUUCAUGACCACAAACUGUAACAAAGUGUAAAUACCUACAUGAUAAAAUGUUUUUGAAAUUACCUGUGACCGUUGUCACACUGUCAGGGAAAGGAAUUAAUAUUUAAUACACUCAGAAACUAAUGUAAGUUACAUGUGUAUUAUCAUUGUCAGUGUGAUUACUACAGUCCUCUUUCAGGUUGAUGAUUUGGAGGGCAAAUAAAAGACCCUGGGUGGGAUCAUAAA